CAUUUUUUGAAGAGGGAAUAUGGCUUCGUUACAACUUCCACUCCCCAGGGACCAGCAUGAAAGACUUAGUUAGCCGGACACUAUUGAGUUCUGCAGACCAUGAGACCACAGUGCCAGAUCUCAGCUUGAAUAAGGAAGAGCUCAGCUUCAGCUUCAGCACCACCAAGUCCCCUUGUGUCCUACUGUACGUCAGCUCCUACACCCAGGACUACAUGGCAGUGCUUGUCAAGCCAUCUGGGACUUUACAAAUUCGGUACAGCCUAGGAGGCACCAAAGACCCAUAUAACAUUGAUGUUGACCACAGAAACAUGGCGAACGGGCAGCCUCACACUGUUAACAUCACGCGGAAUGGAAGGGACAUAGUGCUCCAGCUUGAUCACUAUCCUCCAGCAAGUUACAGCCUGCCGGCAACAUCUGACACACAGUUCAAUUCCCCAAAGGCACUCUUCCUAGGAAAAGUUAUAGAAAUUGGGAAGAUCGAUCAAGAUAUCUAUAAAUACAACACACCGGGGUUCACUGGCUGCCUCUCAAGAGUACAGUUCAACCAGAUCGCUCCACUCAAAGCAGCUCUGAGACCUACCAACAUCUCCUCUCACGUCCACAUCCAAGGAGAACUAGUAGAGUCCAACUGCGGCGCAUCUCCGUUGACAAUCCCACCCAUGUCGGCCGCUACAGACCCGUGGCAUUUAGAUUCGGCCAGUGCUGAUUUCCCGUACAACGGUCAAGCUAUAGGAGAUGGGGUUAACAGAAACUCUGCCAUUAUUGGAGGCAUCAUCGCCGUGGUGAUCUUCACCAUCCUGUGCACCCUGGUCUUCCUCAUCCGCUACAUGUUCCGCCACAAGGGCACCUAUCACACCAACGAGGCCAAGGGCGCAGAGUCAGCCGAGAGCGCCGAUGCAGCCAUCAUGAACAACGACCCCAACUUCACGGAGACCAUCGACGAGAGCAAAAAGGAAUGGCUCAUCUGA